GCGGACCGUCAGGGUUCACGUCUGAGUUUUCGCGUCGAGCUCCAACCGCGCAGCAACGUGCACGACCACGCUGCCGACUGCGACGACAGCACGAGGAGAAGUGGACCGCCGCCCGCCUUCUUCUCCGAGACGGACGCGUGCGUUUGGGAAUUUCGGCUCUCCCGACCGUCACGAUCGCGGGUAACGAGCGAGACGAGCCUUGGAACCGGAAGAUUCAGGCCGAACGAGAGGCUCAAGGGCGAACGAUCGAAAGAUCCUCGAAGAGGAUCUCUCGCGACGGUAUCGGUGAAAAGCAAGUGUUUGUGGACCAGAGAGUGAUCAGGGAGUUAAGCGUGCAGCUGCGUGCGCCGAUUCGUCCGGCCUGUCAGCACGUGGCCGUAGGGGUGGGACUUCUUUCGGUGCGCCUCGCGGACGGUUCAGCGCGGUGAACUCUGUGACAGCCAGCCAGUGAGACGUUCGGUCGAAGAAUCGGCGGGAAAUCGACCUUCUCCGCCGAGUCUCUCGCUCCGUCUAACCCAGCGUCUCACGGUCGAUUCCCUUCGCGGCAAAUUGGGGGUAAGUGCGCGGGAACGUUGAAUCGUCGAACAGGUGGGACACAAUCAAUCGCAGGCCGAGAAUAAAAAGAGUCCGACGGCCGCCUCGCGUGAGUGUCGAGAUCGAUCCGAGGGAAGAGAGAGACGCGCGUCCUCGAGAGUGUCGUCGCCGGACAACGGAAAGCGAUGAGACAAGGACGCCGGCUCUAAUAAGCUUCUAAUUAUCACGACGGGUGCGCUGGUAAUUACAACACGCGCGUGACCAUUGUGCGCGCAGAGACAGAGAGAGACACGUCAGUGUUUUUCAUCGCGCAAUUACACGUUACGAACUGAUGCAGAACUGCGAAAUGUGCACGGUUGGCGCGCACAAAUAGAAUAAUUAAAACCGUAUUACACGGAAAGCUGUGUUAUCUGCCGGUUAGAUUCGCUCGCUUUGUCGAGGAUCGGGCCGGCCGAGGUUAAUCGCUGCGAGAUUCACCGACCACUCGAUAUCACCCCGCAGGGCUCGUCCAAGACAAGUCGCUUUCUUCCGAUCGUUCGUUCAACGCGGCCACGAGGAAAAGAGGCGGCAUCGACCAGGCAGCGCUUUAUCGAGCGACGCCCAAUUAACUGUUUGCUUCUUAAUCGCUCCUAAUUACUCGCAAUUAUUCGCUGUAAUUAAGUAGGCUGAUGUCACCGGCGGCGGAUGUAUCAGUGAAUCGUCCGCUUUUCAACACCGAUCCACCGCUGCUGCCGGGACGGUCUGCGCUUGAUAUUCACCGUAGGAAAAUCACCGGAAGAUCGUGAAACUCGUGAGCGAACGAGCGAGCGAGACGAAGCGAGGGAGCAACAGGAGAGUCUCGGAGGGAGUUGAAGCGAGUCGUCGUAUAUAGUCGGUGUAAAGCGCGGCAUCGAAAGAAGGAACGAGAAGAGGAGAGAGAGGGAACGAGAGCACGAGCGGGGCCGAGAGCGAGAAAGAGAGACCGAGCCAAGACAGACGGCUAAUCGCGAGAUCGGUACGACCGCGACGGAAUUGCACCGUGGCGGAGAUAAAUAACAGCCGCUAGAUAAACCCACGUCAGGACGACGUCCCAAAUACAUCAGUCACAGAUCGCCUCAGAUUACGAGUCCCCGGGAUGCAAGGCUGACAUGGCGGAGGGUUCGGCCGAGGAGGAACAGAGCAGUACCGCUGCGCCCGCUUCCCCGCCAGCUGAUCUUCGCACUCUGAACACCCAAUUGUCGCCGCCUUAUCACCACCAGCCCCAUCUCCAGCCUCGUCUUCAGCAUCUACAGCAUUCCAACAUGCUGGCGACCGCCGUACCGCCCCGGCACAGCCACAGUAUGCUGUCUCAUCAGGUGAAAGCGGAGGCAGAGCUGGACGCCCCCUGCGAUGUGCCAUUGAAUCUCAAGAGCGAGGAUAGCGAUAGGAGUAGCGCCGGAAGUCCGGAGCCGGCGACAGGUGCACUCCACGAGCACCAAAUGAUGAUGGACGAUAUGAAGAAUUCACGGAAGAGACGACGGAGCCCGUCACCCGAAAAUCUUCAUCAAGCGAAGCGCGCGGCGGUAGCGCAGGCUCAUCUAAACGGAACGACUGCUUUAUGCGCAGUGGCCGGCAUGGUGACGCUACAGAAUUUGCAGAACCUGGCGAAUCUUCAAAAUCUUCCACAAGUCGCGUCGCUGGCCGCCGGCCUUCAAGGAAUGACAGCGGGAUUGACUAACAAUCAGUUGAUCAACACUCCCUUGAACCUAACUGUCAGCUCGUCAGGCGGAACGGUACCAACAGCCUCGAGUACGACGGCGGCCCCCCAUCUUCUGCCACCUAGUUCGGCCCCAAUGGCGACGUUACCUCAGCUAUUAUCUCAACCGCAACCGGUCGCGAUGCCUCAAUUCAUCCUAACGUCCGGUCAAUUGGUUCAGGGCAUUCAAGGGGCUCAGCUUCUUAUCCCCACUUCACAAGGCAUCGCUACCCAGACCAUCCUGACCAUACCGGUCAGUCACGUCACGAACAAUCAGAUGGUGAACUUGGCGCUGAGUAAUGGACAGGUAGUUUCCACGACGCUGGCCAACCUUCAAUCCCUAGCUCAACCGCAAAACAUGCUCAACACGCCCACGAGCAACGUUCCCACGAGCCCCAGCCUGGCAUCGGGAUUAGGACUGAACCCUGCCGCUUUGCCGCAUCUUCUGAGCAAUAGCUCGGCGAGCCAACAACUUCUCAGCGCGAUGCAGCCUCAGCAACUACUUCAGGCUGCCCAAGCGGCGCAGGCACAAGCGGCGCAAGCCGUGCAGGCCGUACAGGCUUCCCAGCAACCGCUUCUAACGACAUCGCCUCAGCAGCACAGCCACCGACACACCUCGCAUAUGAAUCAUUACACACCGGCGGAAAAACAUCACAGAGAGAGGCCGGAGCAGUCGUCGCCUUUGAACGAAUCCGUGGUGUCCGCGGCGUCCGCUUUGAACAGAUUGGCCGCCAGUAACGGCGAGAUUACUAUCACGACGACGCACGGACCUGGCGGCGCCGGAGUAAAGGCGUCCCCUAGCAGUAUGCACAGUCCGAAGGAGGACGAGGAUGAUCUCUUGAACGAUUCACCGAACCAGCCAACGAUUAACGAGGCCACUAACAACGUGGUCGAUGGGAUCAAUUUGGACGAGAUCAAGGAGUUCGCCAAGGUGUUUAAACUACGCAGACUGUCUCUGGGUCUGACACAGACCCAAGUCGGGCAGGCCCUGAGCGUCACCGAGGGACCGGCGUACAGCCAAAGUGCCAUAUGCAGUGCCCUGGCUACCCAGAUGUACGCUGCCUCGCAGAUUGCCUCUCAGCAGCAAGCUACAUUCGAAAAGCUGGACAUUACGCCGAAAAGCGCGCAGAAAAUUAAGCCCGUUCUCGAGAGGUGGAUGAAGGAGGCGGAAGAGAGUGCAUGUGAUUACAGGUAUAAGAGCGGCGUUAAUCAUCUGACGGACUUCAUCGGAGUCGAGCCGAGCAAGAAGCGAAAACGGCGGACCUCCUUCACGCCGCAGGCUUUAGAAUUGCUGAACGCACACUUUGACAGGAACACUCAUCCUACCGGCAAUGAAAUCACGACGCUGGCGCACCGGCUCGGAUACGACCGGGAAGUGAUAAGGAUCUGGUUCUGCAACAAGAGGCAAGCUCUGAAGAAUACAGUGAGGAUGAUGUCCAAGGGGGUCGUAUAGGGAAGAAGUACGUCUACCGAUCAAACGAGCAACAUAUGAGAAAAGCUUCAAGAUACGGGCGACGAGAAGGAGGAGGAGGAAGCGGAAAAGGAGCGCGUCUCGUGAAGCUUUUCGAAUUCUCGCGUCUGUCCUCCGCGCGGCGUAUAAAACGAGAGGGAUCGUGCACGAGGACGACACUUCCUUAUCUCAUUGUCCCAUGAUAAGGAAGGAAGAGGAAGGGUUUAUAUAUAUAUCGAUGGCGCGAUUAUCGAAUUAUUAUUAUCGAGCCGGAAGAUCGUUCUAGGUCGCGCGAGCGGAGUCCUUCGAAUAUUGUGAUCGCAGGUGUAUACGAAAUCUAUAUGUAAAUAGCUUUAAUCUACGAAUAUGUGAUGUAUACAUGAGUCGAAUAUCGAGAACUGAUAAUCUAAAAUCGUUGUCUCUCUCAUUUGGUACACCAAUUCGUCGCGCGCUUCCAAUUUUCAUAGAUAUACAUCUAUCGGAGAGCACUGACUAUAGCUGAUCCAAUUUCGAGUUUCGAGCGAGGCAGUUAUCGACAAUUGGUAAGCAUCAACGAAUCGACGGACGUAAAUACCUCGACGACCGGGGAUUACCGCGGGGCCGUUUAUCAUGCAACGACGGAAAAACCGCGUCGAGACCUUUUCUAAUUAAUUGCAGUCGCCCGCGCGAUCGCGCGCGCGGCCGACUCUCUCGUCGGGAUACGUACGUCUAUCGGGGCACGAUCCACCGGAACCGGCCGGAGAGAUAUACUGUUGAUCGUCGUGCGGAGAUAAUGAUGAAAUCCAUAGAAAUUCACACAACGCUGUAUCUUCCAAAAGAAAAAAAGGAAAUGUAACGAGAGCGGAAUAACAAAACAAAUAAAAGUAAGGCGGGACGCGAGCGACGAGCGGUUCCGCGGCGCGAGCAGGUGCAAUCGAUACAUAAUCAACUGGCGUAACUAAUGCGAGGGGGAAAAAAAUGGACAAAGCACGCACUCAAAAUCGAAACACUCGAAGGGCGGCAAUGUUUCGCGCGCGGCAAAGAACCGCGACUGAUCCGUGAUCGUGGGGAUCCUGGAAAUAUCGUUGUUGCUCGUUUUGAGAAUUUCGCGCAAGAAAGAGGAAAAGGAACGAAAUAUGACACAAAAAUUGAGAAAGCAUCGCUUAAAUAAAGAUACAAAAGGAUCAUCGUCUGUACCGAUUGUGUAAUAUCAUCCCCUGCAUGUAUAAAACACGAUUAGAACGAGCACGAUAAUAUUUCUGUCGUAGUUUCGGAGCAAAAAAAAAAGAAGAAGAAGAAGAAAGGAGAAGAAGAAAAGAGAGGAAAGGAACAAGUCGGUCGGGAGUUUUUAGCGCGCGCGCGAGAGAUUUACUGUAAAUUACACGUGUAUCUAGAGAUCAAUGAAAUUCCUUUAGUGACUAAAUAACGCAAUAACGUCUUUGAAAGUAUGCUAUGAACGAUUAUGUACCACAUGCCACACUACCGACGCUCCUGAAGUUGUAUUUAAUCCUAUAGGGAAAAAAAGAGGAAACGGGGUUAGGAGACAGACGAGGGAUUCGAGUUUCUGCAAAACUAGUCCGUAAUAAUCUGCCAUGUAAGACGUAUACGUGUUAAAUGAGCACGCAUCCUCCGUUCCUAUACAUAUUAAUGCGAUCUGCUUAUUCGCUGAAUAACGCUGAAGUUCGGACGAAAACUUCGACAUUACCAGAGCUCGACUCCGAUCUGCGGGAUAUUCGACAGACAUAAUUCUUCGAUUACGAAAUGCUUCUGUGCGCGUGUGCGUAUGUGUGUAUGUAUGUGCGUGGAUGUGAGUGUGUGUAUGUACGUGUGUGUGCGCGCGCGCGUCGCCUAAUUCCUAUUUUCAUCUUCAACGAGGUGUACCUACUGUCGCGCGUACAAAAAAGAGAGAGAGAGUGUGUGUGUGUGUGUGUGUAUGAAGAUGUCGGAUGAUUCGGUUGGCGUAUUCUUUCGAGCGUAGUUGUACACGACGAUGGCAGCUAAUUGUCGCAGACGCGUGAUCUUGAAAUCGGAGAAUUAUUUACGCUUCAUCGUGCCCCCUUCUUAAAGAAUCGAUUAUGAUCGUAAAUAAACGUAUAAACACACGGCCAUGUAAAAUCUCCCCACACUCUAUAGCGACAAUUCUAGACGGUUGAUUUGCAUGCGUUGCACGAACGCAUUUACGUUGCGGCGCGGUGAUUUAGCGAGACGCGAUUCGCAGUCGUUUCUCCCGCGGAUAAGACGGUAUUUAAACGAACGCCCUUUAAAGUACGGUUUUCUUAAUAUCUAACAGACGAGUACGUUUAAUGAGUAAGAUUGUGCAUAAAAUGUACUUCAUCCUCUUCAUAACGGGGUCUACUCGCUACGAUACUAUCGCGAAAUCUUUGACUUGACGCGUAGCUAGGGGCGCAAAGUUAGCCUGUACAUAAUACGAUACACUUAGGUAUUGUAAUAUUAUAAUUAACUUUUAUUAUUAUAGCUAUAAAAUAGCUGAAUUCAUGCAAAAUAAAAUUUACAUGGUUAAAGAAAUAAUAAAUUUCUAAAAGUAAAAGAAGUAUUUUAAGGUUUUACUUUUAAGCCUGAGACGAGCAAAGUGAUCUGUUCCUAAAAAGUUGUAUUAUAGGAGUAAACGGGAGGGUGAAAGGCGCGGGUGGAGUUGGAUGAAAGAUAUACACGACGGAGUAAAAUUCAAAAUUCAAAAUUUUUAUUAAAGGACGGGGAGGGUGAGAUGUAUAUGUUAUCCUUUUUGAUAAAAGAGCGAAAACGUUUGUACAGAAAUAUUCCGGUUAUUAAAUUUUGUUAUAUGAGAGAGCGAGAGAGAAAGAGAGAGAGAGAAAGAGAACGAGAGAAAGAAAGAAA